UCAGCUGGUUACAGUAGACUCGCAGUCCCGUGCCGGGUGGUGCUCGACAAGCAAGUAUCCUACCUGAGAUUAUAUUACUUUGUAACGUUCAUUUAUAUCACAGACUGAGCACUUUGUCGCUUCUGAGUGUAAUGAGUGUUUUCCAUUGAAAACCGGACAGAGCUGUACAGUACUUGUGAUGCCGCGGAGAUCAUCACAGCGAUGACGCUUGUGUAACUGAUAGUAUAGUAACGUUUGGUUAGCUAACUCACACCUUUAGUUAACGAAUUAAUAUAACAUAUUUCGCUAACUUCGCGUUUGAUUCCACGGGGUGACGUUAAGCACAAAAGAAUGCGAAAGGCGUUUCUGAGACAUGUUCGUCGGUUCCCGUGGGUCACCAACGUUACACUGUACGGCUGUCUGUUCGCCGGGGGGGACUUCGUCCACCAGUGGUUCUCGCGGAGGGACAAAAUGGACUGGAGCCACACGAGGAACGUCGCCGUGGUCGCGUUCAGUUUCCAUGGCAACUUCAAUUUCUUCUGGAUGCGGUUCCUGGAGCGGAGGUUUCCCGGGAACUCCGCCGGGAUGGUGAUGAGGAAACUGUUCCUGGACCAGACCACAGCGGCGCCUCUGGCUACCAGCGUCUUCUACACAGGUGUCAGCUUCUUAGAGGGCAAAGAGGACAUCAUGGAGGACUGGAGAGAAAAAUUCCUGAAUACAUAUAAGACAGGGCUAAUGUUCUGGCCAUUCAUGCAGUUUCUGAACUUUGCCUUGGUGCCUCUGUAUGUGAGGACCACUUUCACCGGCUGCUGUGCCUUCGUCUGGGCCACCUUCCUGUGCUUCUCACGACAGAGCGGUGACGGCACAGCUGCUGCUGCUCUAGCAUGGAUGUUCCCCCCCAAAGAGGAUGACGCAGAAUCCACAAAGGAGAAAGUAGACACUGAAGACAAGAUAGUGGCUCCCAAAGAUGCACCAGUAGCAUCUAAAUCUAGUCAGAAGUGAAACAUGCAGGACCUGUCCUUGAUAUGGAAAGAGACAAAACAUGAGCAGGAAAACACUGGUCUGAACAGGAUACAACUGGUCCAGUGGACAGCUGUCCUGUGUUUGGUUGAUGUUGCACUAUGGCAGGGUUUGAGAUCAAAGUCUCACCAGGGUCAAACUAAAAAUGUGACAUGACACUGUCAAGUUGGUACGGGAACCAGCUUCCAGCAAAUGGAAUGUAUGUAUUUACAGUAUAUUUUUCAAUAUUCACACAGCAUAUCAGCUCAAUGGGAAAAUACUGUUCAGUUCUACCCUUCCAUCUCUGUGCUGUUUAUCAUCAGGUUUUAAUUGUUGUUUUUAUAAAUGCAGUCUUGUCUUCUCACAAGAGUGCCCUUAUUCAAUUGGACCAUAGUAAAUAAUAUUGAAAAGAUUUAUGAAUUCUUCUAUAUCUGAAGCUGUGAUGAUGGAAUUGUGUAAGGUUGAUGUUUCAGAUUCCUCUGCUUUUCACCUGGGAAAGAAUUAUUUCCACAAUGUGGAGUGGCAGCUAACAUAUUAGCAUAGACCAUUAUUUAGGCAAAUUCAUAACCAUAUAAAUAUCACUCUCUCUUCAUUAGCACAAGUGCUUAGACUGUUAUCUACGACUGUAACAAGGACUGUCUGCUCUGGUUCCAGUUUACACUCUGGUACAAGAAGUGCCAAAUACAGAUGCACACUGCACAGGUACCAAUAAUCAGUUAUAAUCUAAGGUACAUCUGUUCAUUAAUAAUGUACAGAUAGGUGAUUUAUACAUAAGCACCAUAAUGCUCUGAGCAAAGAGGAGGGACAAAAUAAAAUAAAAAAAUCUUUACUUAAACAUAUCUCAAAGUACAUGUUAGAUUUCAACAUUUUGAACCAUUGUCCCUUUACGUAUAAAUAUACUGUGGUAAUGAUAUACUACUGAAGAUUAGAGUUUGUCUGACUGAUGAAAUUUGUCUCAGACAUCCAUUUACUUGAAUGAAAUGCUGCCUGCUUGACGUCGUGCUUUAUGUUAAUGUGAUACUGUGGAGUGCUCUCUGUUUCAACACAGUUUGCUUUUCUACAUCUUUGUGAAAAUGUCACUUCAUAUGUUUUACUUGCCAGCAGUGACUCUUGAAAUGUAACAUCAGAUGUCUCCAUGGUGCAGUUUUCUAUAGAGGUCAGUUUUAUAAAUAGCAUGCAGCUUAGAACAAGAGCUGACUGUUCUUCAUAUACACUGAAUUUCAAAAGGUUCAGGGGUACGCUGCUCUCUUCUGUCUCAGGCAGAUAAUUAACAAAAACAUUCAAACUUUUUCACUUGUGUUCCUGUGUAUCACCCAAAGUCCUGAUGUGUCUAUUUUUGGUUUUCUGAUGUUGUCUAGAACCUAGUUUGUAGUUAUGAAUUUUGAAGUAGAGACAUGUGCAAUUAGAUAAUUUGAUGCGUCUCACAGAGCUGAAUUUAUACUGUAUUAAUAAUACUAUAGUGUUUGAAUUUGGGCACUGAAAAACAAUGUAGUCACCACUGCUGUUUGAUCCCUUUUUACCAGACUCUUAAAUUGUAACUUUUAGUACAAUAACUCGGUGUUAGUGUAGUAUAAGAGAAUUUGUUUCUCAUUAAUCAAUUUCUGAUUAUUUGUAUGCUGACGUGCUACACUGGAACUGAAAGGUCAAAUCAGUGAAUAUCAUAUCAGCAGCUGUAGACAGAGUAAUAUAACUACAUGUAACUCAACAGAGAAUUAUCAUGCUCUCAUAGUACAACUUGAAAUUUCUUAUUCUGUUAUUAUUUAAUUAUUCUUUGACAGGUUUUGAUAUCACAAAGAACAGUUGACAGUGGGAUUAGAGUUGUUGGCUAUAAUGUAUUAAAAACAUGAUUUGACCACAUUUUGCACUAUAGCAACACUAACUGUAAAUACUAAACUGAGAUGAAUACUAUUUAUUGUUGAAUAAAUUUAAAACACCCCCUUGA